AUGUCGGACAGUUCGGAACAGCUGUCAUCGCCGAACAGCGACUGCAACAGCCAGAUGGGCGUCGUGCAUCGCAAUGCAACCGCGCAGUACGGCAACGCGACGUCGAUGUCUGGUCUCGGGUUGACUCAUCAUCCCCAGAAUUUGACGCCUACGUCGAACGGCAGUCCCUCCUGGAGAGCUCCUGCGGAUACUGAUCCGCAGGAGCUCUCCACCUGCAGCUCCGCCAGCGUGAGCACCAAUAUCACCAACAUCAGCAGUCUCUCCUUCAGCAGCACCACCAGCCUCUCCCUCAGCAGCACCACCAGCAAUUUCACCCCCGAGCAAAUAUCCUGCAUGUGCGAAGCGCUUUCGCAAAGUCAGGAUAUCGAGAAGCUGUCGAGGUAA